AUGGCCGCUACCGAUUCCGCCGAAUCUGUGCCAAUGACGGAAAGCAGCAGCUCGUCCGCGGAAGGUACGAGUCGACACGAGAGGAAACCCUCAGCUGCAGCACCGGCGGCUAACGCUGCACAUUUGCGGUCUCAAGCUCCGACCACUUCAGGGCCUCAUCCCUCCGCUCCUGGUACAUCUUCCAGUGCCACCGGCGGCAGCAAUGGAGUUUCUUUUUCUCCCGUCGUCAUUUUCGGCGGUGUUGACGCGCCCAGGAGCCGUUGCGUAACGGCUAAUGGAAAGGUGUCCAUUGAUGCCUGGACGCGAGGCGCGAGGAGCAUUGUUCCCCGAGAACGAUUUUUCGCCUCACGACCUCCCGAAACGGGACAAUUGGUCGUUAUUCCAGAACUCAUGCACUGGGCCAUGGAGAGCGCCCUUGCCCUCUAG